UGUCCUGGUGGGGCAACAAUUCGAGGACGGACCAACGCUAUCCAAACAUCCGGCAACAACACUGGUAUUAAAAUGUGAAGAUUAUUACUUUAUUUAUCUUGAGUGAACGUUCGUCAUUGUAAAUAUAUCAGUCGAUGUUUUAUUCAUAGUAACUGUGACGAAGUGAACACAUGUCGGGAAAAGGACAUUCUGCGACGGGAUCUGAUCGGUUUGAAUACCUGCAGACGCUUGUCACUGAGUUUCAGGACACCGACAGUGAUGAGGCAAAAGAGCAAGUGCUGGCCAACUUGGCCAACUUCGCCUAUGAUCCGAGGAACCUGGAGGACCUGAGAACCCUUCAGGUUACUGAUCUCUUCUUGGACAUGCUCACAGAGGAAAAUGAGAACUUUGUGGAGUUUGGGAUAGGGGGUCUAUGUAACCUGAGUAUGGAUCGGGAAUGCCGUGACCAGAUCCUGCAGAGCGAAGCAAUCCCCUUGGUUACGGGAUGCCUGUCCAGCCGCCGGGAGGAGACGGUGCUAUCUGCCAUCACCACACUCAUGAAUCUCACCACCGCUGCAUCACGCACCCAAACCACCGACACCGCAGUGCUACAGUGCAUGCUGCGUUUUUCCAUCUCCCAGAGCCCACGCCUGCAUAACCUGGCCUCUGUGUUCCUCCAGGACUGCUGCACUGAGGAGCAGGUGGCCAGGGCAGAGGCACAGAUGCAGGGACACCAUCCUACAGCACUGGGGAUCCCCUUGCCUAAGGACUAGGCUAGUCUGGAGACAUGAUCGCUAGAUCUGAUGUCUGAUCUCUGAGAAAUUAACAGAGAAUCACAUACACCGAGUGUACAAAACAUUAAGAACACCUGCUCUUUCCAUGGCAUAUACUGACCAAGUGAAAGCUAUGAUCCCUUAUUGAUGUCAAUUGUUAAGUCCACUUCAGUCAGUGUAGAUGAAGGGGAGGAGACGGGUUAAAGAAUGAUUUUUAAUCCAUGAGACAAUUGAGACAUGGAUUGUGUGCCAUUGAGGGUGAAUGGGCAAGGCAAAAUAUUUUAGUGGCUUUGAAUGAGUUAUGGUAAGAUGCCAGGUGCACCGGUUUGUGUCAAGAACGGCAACGCUGAUCGAUUCACACUCAACCGUUUCCUGUGUGUAUCAAGAAUGAUCCACCACCCAAAGGAUAUCCAGCCAACUUGACACAACUGUGGGAAGAAUGAGUCAACAUGGGCCAGCAUCCCUGUGGAAAGCUUUCAACACCUUGUAGAGUUCAUGCCUUGACAAAUUGAGGCUGUUCUGAGGGAAAAACACCUUAACUCAAUAUUAGGAAGGUGUUCUUAGUGUUUUGUACACAAUGACUCGCGAUGGAGGACUUUGUAACAAACAUACUUUCCAAUUUAAAAUUGCUUUACACUUCAGUGCCACAUGAGGGAGACAACACCACUGCUAUGCUUAGCUGUUGAACAAUGUGAUGUUAACUGGCUCGGUUGCUCUUAGCUAUUGACAGUAUGGGCUUAAGACUCAGUUGACUCUCAACUCACUUCAUCCCAGUUAGUUAUUGCCGAUUUAGAGAUGACAUAAGCUCUUAUGUCCCCUUUGACUGAAGUUACUCAGCACAUUAAAAGGGAUUGGCAAGAGAAAGUCACUGCAAAGAAUCACUGAUCUCCAAAUCCCUCUGGAACGUGGGGGUUCUUUCAUUAUUAUUAUUAUUAUUAUUAUAUUAAUAUCACAGAUGCUGCAGCGUCACAAGGAUGGAAUCUGGUUUGGUCUGGUGGGCCACAUCCCAGCUGUGGUGGAGAAAAAUGUGGUGUUGGGCUGGUCAUUCACAUUCCAGAGGAUCAGUAGCAUAGCUAAUCUUGAGUUGGAAUACAUUGGGAUUCGGAGAUCAGUGAUUCUGUGCAGUGCCUUGCUCAGGCGUAUUCCGCCAAAUCUCCUGCAGUCAUGUCUGCGACCCAUUACUAUGCUAUCCAGUGACAUCUUGACAUAUGGUCCCAAUAAAGUCUCUGCAUUCAGUAAACUCUUUUUCAUCAAAUUCAAUGCAUU